UUUUACAAAUUACAACUCUCACUAUUUUCUGAGAUGCAAGUUGACUAAUUUGUCAAAAACACCAAAUAGCAACCGCGUGACGCAGCAUGACAACGUGAACGCUUUUUGUGGACAUUCUGCUGUUUGGGGCCUUAUAAGGUCCUCCAUUGAUAGCCUAAAGGGAUUCCUAUCUCUUCGUUUCUUUAAUAUCUCUGCACAUACUCCAGUUCGGUCGCCAUAUUGGCCUGCACCUUUCAACUUGAAGUGAUUUCAACAAGUUCUGGGCUAGUGAGCUCCUGCAUAGUUGUACUGUGGAUUUAUUACAUUAAUUUAAAUUGAUUUCAAUGGCGUUUCAGUGUCAAAGGGACUGUUACAUGCAAGAGUUUGUCACCUCAGUGGUGGCUUGCUCUACUGGUGAAAUGAAACAAGAAAUCAAUGGGAAGAAAGAAACCGUUAAAGGCUUCAAUGUCAAGCUCCAAGACACCAUAUUGUUUCCUGAGGGAGGUGGUCAGCCAGAUGACCACGGGCUGAUUGGAGAUGUGCCGGUGCUGCGGGUGACGAGGCAGGGAGCUGAGGCUGUGCACUUUGUGAGUUCAGCUCUAGAGGUGGGCCAGGAGGUGCAGCUGAAGGUGGACUGGGAGCGGAGGUUUGACCACAUGCAGCAACACUCAGGGCAACAUCUAAUCACAGCUAUUGCAGAAUCCAUGUUUGGGUACAAGACCACAUCCUGGGAGUUGGGGCGUCAGCGCAGCACCAUAGAGCUGGACACUCCCUCCAUGAAGCCUGCCCAGAUGGAGGCCCUCGAGGCAGCAGUCAAUGAGAAGAUACGUGCUCAUGUUCCCGUCGCUGUUCAGGUCCUCUCCUUAAAUGACCCUGCAUUGGAACAGGUGAGGAGUCGCGGUCUCCCGGACGACGCAGCGGGGCCUAUCCGGAUCAUCGACAUCGAGGGCAUUGACGUCAACAUGUGCUGUGGGACCCACGUGUCCAACCUCAGUCACUUACAGGUCAUAAAACUCCUGGGGACUGAGAAAGGGAAGAAGAACAAAACUAAUUUGUUAUUUCUAGUGGGAAAUCGGGUCCUGAAGUAUGCUGAGAAAAGCUACAGCACAGAACGCUCACUGGUAUCCCUCCUCAAAACGGGACCAGAUGAUCAUGUUGAUACAGUGGACAAGAUCCAGAAGACUGUUAAGGGGCUACAGAAAAGUAACCUGGGCCUACUGAGAGACAUGGCUGUUCUAAUAGCCCAGAACUUCAAGUGCAACCCAGAGAGGGGCAACUUCUUUACCUUACACAAGAAGGAGGGUGACAACGAGUUCAUGAGCAUCAUAGCCAAUGAAAUAGGCACUGAGGAGACGCUGGUUUUUCUGACUGUUGGAGAGGAGAAAGGACCAGGGCUGUUCCUGCUGGCAGGACCCAGUGGGAAAGUGUCUGAACUGGGACCACGAGUGCUGGAGAUGCUCCAGGGCAAAGGGGCUGGGAAGAACGGGCGCUUCCAGGGCAAAGUAAACAGCAUGGCACGCCGAGGGGAGGUGGAGACCCUAAUACAGGAACACUGCAAGAACGAGCAGUAAUGGAUGACUGGAGUGUAUAUACCCCCCCGCCAGAAACUCAAGCACAUGAUGACCGCAACAUAGGUGACUCUGCAGUUCUCGACCAGCUUUGCUAGCAGGUUGACAUUUAUUCCGCUAGAUAGGCCAGCUACAUAGUCAAAAUAGGCUAUAUUGUAAAAUUAAUGAAAACAAAAAUGAGCAUUUUGGUCUUAAUUUAAGGUUCGGGUUAGCAGUGUGGUUAGGUUUUAAAAUCAGAUUUGAUGACUUUGUGGCUGUGCCUGCUAGUGACCACUGCAGAACUCUGCAAAAUACAUCACAAUAAAUUCCAACCUGUGCUUUGCUAAGUAAUGAUACUUCUGACCUCGGUGUACAGUCUAAAUCAAGGACCUGUAUACAUGGAGUGUACAAAACAUUAAGAACACCUUCCUAAUAUUCAGUUGCACCCCCCCUUUUGCCCUCAGAAUAGCCUCUACAAGGUGUCGAAAGCGUUCCACAGGGAUGCUGGCCCAUGUUGACUCCAAUGCUUCCCACAGUUGUCAAGUUGUCUGGAUGUCCUUUGGGUGGUGGAUGCACACAGGAAACUGUUGCGUGUGAAAAACACAGCAGCAUUGCCGUUCUUGACCCACUGAAGGGGCUCUGCAUUGGGACCUACUACCAUAUCCCCCGUUCAAAGGCACUUAAAUCUUUUGUCCUGUCAAUUCACCCUCUGAAUGGCACACAUACACAAUCCAUGUCUCAAGGCUGAAAAAUACUUCUUAAACGUGUCUCCUGCUCUUCAUCUACACUGAUUGAAGUGGAUUUAACAGGAGAAAUCGAUAAGGCAUCAUAGCGUUCACCUGAAAAUAGCGCCGACAGAUGGGGCUGCCGUGCUUCUAGCGCUUAGGCAACUUUGCAGUAUUUUGUUUUUAUGUGACAAGUAAAAUUUGAUUCGAUUCACCUGGUCAGUCUGUCAUGGGAAGAGCAUGCGUUCCUAAUGUUUUGUACACUCGGUGUACAUUUUUACUUUUUUGGCUAUAUCGUAUCAUUUAAUGAAAACAAAAAUUGGCUAAAUGGUCUUAAUUUAAGGCAAGGGUUAGGCAUUAAGGUUAAAAUCAGAUUUUAUGACUUUGACAGUGCCAGCUAGUGACAACUGCAGAGCUGCAUCCAGGACCAGAUUCAUUUCAGGAAAAGUCUACCUGUGCUUUGCUAAGCAACGAUACUUCUGACCUCAGAGAUGACCACAGUGUACAGUCUAAAUCAGGGAGUUGUAUAUAUUAUGAAUAAGAAUAUUAGAUAUAUUCAUGAAUAUAAGUUAGGGGAAAUGGCAAAAUUAACAUGUUGGACUAAGGAAGCACACCCAUGUAAUUAAUGAUUUAACAUUGCAUUCAUUUUGAAUGUGUUUGAAGAUAUCCUUUUAAAUUGUAUUUGUUCUGUGCUUAUCAGUCUAUUUUUAUUUUUUUUAUUUUGUAUAUUUCACCUUCAAUAAAUCAAAGGAAAGUAUAUACAUUUGGACAGUCAUUUUCAUUUGGUCUGCAGUUGCAUAACCAAAAGAAGGACCGACCUUGUCAAUUAACUUGCCAGUCAAAUAUUGAUGGUUCAGCCAAGGCUGUCAGUUCUACGUAUUUGCAGGGAGUGACGGCUGUGUGACGUGUGAACCUGUGUGAUCAGUGAGCGUGAGGCCAAAGUCCAGGGUUCCAUAUACAGAUGUAGGAUCUUCAUUUGAUCACCCUGUUGCAGGAAUGCAAACUUAGUGUAUUUGAGCUUUACAAAGGCUUCUAAACCUUGUUAUUUCCACUUUGAAAUGUCAGAAUUGAUUUGCAGUAUAACAUUUUUUUUAUCAACCGCUACAAACGUAUUUCACAUUUUCUGUUGCUGAAGGAUCUGUAUGGUUGAUGACAAUUGGUUUGGCUCACAUUGUUAGCCGCUGAUUUUGGGGUUUGAAAAUCAUGUCAUGAUUGUGCAGCAGGUAGCCUAGUGGUUACUGUUGGGCCAGUAACUGAAAGGUUGCUAGAUCGAGUCCCCGAGCUGACAAGGUAAAAAUCUGUUAUUCUGCCCCUGAUCAAGGCAGGUAACCCAGUGUUCCUAGGCUGUCAUUGUAAAUAAGAAUUUGUUCUUAACUGACUUGCCUAGUUAAAUAAAAAUGGUCAUUUUACCACUGCUGCAUUUUCUAAUUUUUUGUGGACUUGCUUAUGGUUUAUCAGUUAUUUGUGUCAUUAAUGAUAGGAAACAAACAAUGUUGAAUGUGUCUGAACUGAUACCUAACAGUAUGUUUAGUAGUGUUAGAUAAAUAGCACAUGGUCAGUGAUGUAUUUGAAAGAUUUUUAUUAUAAAUAUCUGACAAUUUGCAAAAAUAUUUUACAGGAAAAACACAGUUACAAAACAAAUAUGAACAUUGUUAUACAUUACUUUCUUAGAACACACUGUAAAGCAGGCCACUAAAGUUUUGGGCUCAUGUUCUCCUGGACUUUAGUUUGCUUUAACCUCAUUUAAAAAAAAAAAAAAAAAAGAUAA